UGUUCUUAUUUUUAGUGUUACCGUCUUGUAGCAAUGAUAGAUAAUCUCGUAGUACACAUUACCAAAUUUUUAUUCAUCAUCUCAUCCUGGAGCACACGCUCUCGACUGUUGGCCGUUUUUGUGCAAUUGAAGCCCCUGUUUAAAUAGAGAGGUCACCAUUACUGUGGUGGAGAGAACACUAUUGUUUUGGUGUGGAGAGAGAGAGAGAGAGGGGACUGAAACAUGGCCAUUCCUCUGGCCUCUCACUCCCACCUCUUAGCUCACCCCCACCUCUUAGCUCACCCCCACCUCUUAGCCCCUCCUCUUCCACAUGAGAAGCAACGCUGGACCACCAAUUCCAAUCUCAUCAAAACCCACCCUUCUCUCCUUCUCAUAGAGACUUGCAGAGACAUGACCCAACUCAAACAAAUCCACGGUCAAAUGCUCAGAAAUGGCAUUUUCCAUGACCCAUUCUUUGCAAGCCGGCUCGUCGCCUUUUGCUCAAUUUCACCAAAUGGAAACCUCAAUUACGCUGAUCUUCUCCUAACCCAAAUCCAUAAUCCCACGAUCUUCACUUAUAACACGAUAAUCAAGGGCUAUAUGAUAAAGGAUUUGUAUUCAAAAGCCUUCUCUAUCUAUCAAAAAAUUUUCGAAGAUGGGUUUUUGCCUGAUAACUUCACUUUCCCAUCCGUUUUAAAGGCAUGUCAGGACCUCAAUGAGGGGAAAAUGCUCCAUUGCCAUGUAUUCAAACUGGGUUUUCAAGAGGAUAUCUAUGUACAAAAUGCUCAAAUCAAUAUGUAUGCAAACUGUGAUGGUUUGGAAAGCGCACGUAAAGUGUUUGAUAAAAUGAUUGAUAAAAAUGUGGUUUCUUGGACUACCAUGAUUGCCUCAUAUGCGAAAAUGGACAUGAGUGAGGAGGCUUUGGAUCUCUUUAGACAAAUGGGUUCUACCAAUGCGAGCCCAAAUGAGGUUACAUUAGUGAAUGUAUUGAUGGCUUGCACAAAGUCUGGAGACUUGGAAUUGGGUAAACAAAUUCAUGAAUAUAUAGAAAGAAAUGGUAUUGAGCUUAAUUUUAUUCUAGCUACUGCUUUGAUUGAUCUUUAUGCAAAGAAUGGAUGUAUUGAUCUUGCCCGUAAAAUUUUUAAUGAGAUGAAUGAAAGAAGCAUAGUAUCAUGGAAUGCCAUGAUCAAUGGGUAUAUCAGGGAUAGUGACUACAAGGAGGCCUUGUUGCUCUUUCGCGAUAUGCAAGUUUCGAAUGUGAAACCAGAUGAAGUGACAAUGGUGAGCUUGUUAAUAGCUUGUACCCAUUUGGGGGCUAUAGAGAUAGGGAAAUGGGUUCAUUUGUAUAUCGAAAAGGAAAAGAUAGAAGUAGAUGUAUUUUUAGGUACAGCAUUAGUAGAUUUUUAUGCGAAAUGUGGAUGUAUAGAUAGUGCUUGGAGUGUCUUUAAGGGGAUGGCUAAGCAGGAUGUCCUAACUUGGACUUCUAUGAUUGGAGGUUUCUCGAUGUGCGGUCGAGGCCAAAAUGCUAUAGAGCUCUUUGAAGAGAUGCAAAAAACCGGACUAAAACCUGAUGCCAUUACUUUUGUUGGGGUUCUAACGGCUUGUAGUCAUGGAGGUUUGGUUGAAGAGGGUCGCCAAUAUUUUGAUUCAAUGAUGAGACUGUAUGAGAUUGAGCCUAAAGUUGAGCACUACUGCUGUAUGGUUGAUAUAUUGGGUAGGGCUGGCCACUUGGUUGAGGCUGAGGAAUUGGUAAGAAACAUGCCUAUGAAACCAGAUGCUUUUGUUUUGGGAAGCCUGCUUAGUGCUUGCAGGAUUCACGGUAACCUUGAGAUUGCUCAGAGAGCAGCUCAAAGGCUUCUAGAGUUAGACCCUAGUAAUGGUGGAGCUUAUGUCUUGUUAUCGAAUGUUUAUGGAGCUUUAGGGAAGUGGAAUGAUGCUAAUAGAGUGCGAAAUACUAUGUUGGAAAAGAGCAUUAAGAAACCUCCUGGUUGUAGUUUGAUUGAGGUAAAUGGAACUGUCCAUGAAUUCGUCGUGGGGGACAUCUCGCACCCUCGAUGCACUGAGAUCUAUGCAAUGUUAGAUGAUAUGAUAGGAAGGUUGAAACUCGAGGGUUAUGUGCCUAACACUUCACAAGUGUUAUUUGAAAUGGAUGAAGAAGAGAAAGAAGACGCAGUUUCUCGCCAUAGUGAGAAGUUGGCCAUAGCCUUUGGGCUUAUUAGCACAGCCCCUGGGGUGACUGUUCGAAUAGUGAAGAACCUUCGUGUGUGUGGUGAUUGCCACUCUGCUACUAAGCUAAUAAGCAAAGUUUAUGAUAGGGAGAUCAUUGUACGGGAUAGGAAUCGAUUCCACCAUUUCAAGGGAGGUUCAUGUUCAUGCAUGAAUUUUUGGUGAGUAAUACGUAAGGGGCAUUUGAAAUCCUUGGUUUCAAUACAAGCCUAACUCUCAAGUACAGAAACGAAAAAAAUGAAGAAGACGGAGAAGAAGAAAUCCUUUCUCCAUGCACCACAACAGUCAACAAUUGUGUAUUUCAACACAUCGGAUUCCUUUGCCUAGCUAUAUAGCAGUCUAUCUAGAUGAUGAGGGUUGAGGACAAACAAGAUCAAGUUGUCAACCCUACCAAGCUUCCGAGGACCUUAAAACCACGUUAAACCACUCUUACCUCACUAUCUACAUAAGGGGAAAUAUAGAUUGUUUGUAGGAAACAUGAACUUACUGAGACUUAGAAUCCCAAACUACAAUCUUGAAACCAUAUAAUUUGUAUUAAUACUGCAGACCUCCAAAACCUUGGCAAUCCAUUGUAUCAUUUGUAUUCCGUUCAUGCAAAUUGGUUUGGCAUCC